CAAUGCUUUGCGCCCUCAGUAGUUGCCAGUCACUGUAGCAGCACAGACUGAAGUGACGCUGCGGAUUUUUGUUAACGGCUCGGAAUCGAGCUUUUUGUUUCACCGAAAUCUCAGCUGUUUCUGUCCCGAGCUUCAUGAAGGAGACGGCGGCCAAGCGGCGGGGGGACAAGGCGGGAAACCCGGACUCCAAAGCCGAGAAGCCGAAGGACCCGGGCCCCGAGACGCAGGACGUGGAGAUGCCGGAGGAGGACGCUGCUAACGUGGCUAAACAACCCAAGGAGCUGGAUAGCCUGACUCUGGACGACAUCCGGGAGCACGUGAAGCAGAUCGAGAAGGCGGUGUCCGGGAAGGAGCCCCGCUUCGUCCUCAGAGCUCUGAGGGCUCUGCCUUCCACGAGCCGCCGCCUGAACACCAACGUCCUCCACAAAGCCGUGUUUGGCUUCUUCACCAACAACACCUCCACCAGGGACUUCCUGUUGGGCUUCCUGGAGGAGCCAAUGGAGAUGGCUGAAGGAGACGUCCCGUUCCGUCCUAGGACGGGUAAAGCGGCCUCGACCCCUCUGCUGCCGGAGGUGGAGGCUUAUCUGCAGCUGCUGCUGGUGGUCCACCUGACCAACAACAAGAGAUACAGUGAGGCUCAGAAGGUGUCAGACGACCUGCUCCAGAAGAUCGGCUCCAAGAACCGCAGAGCUCUGGAUCUGGUGGCUGCUAAGUGUUAUUAUUACCAUGCCAGGGUGUACGAGUUCCUCAGGAAGUUUGACACCAUGCGCAGCUUCUUGCACACUCGCCUGCGUACAGCGACUCUGCGCCACGAUGCCGACGGGCAGGCGGUGCUCCUCAACCUGCUGCUCAGGAACUACCUGCACUUCAACCUGUACGACCAGGCGGAGAAGCUGGUCUCCAAGUCGGUGUUCCCCGAGCUCGCCAACAACAACGAGUGGGCCCGCUACCUGUACUACACAGGUCGGAUCAAGGCCAUCCAGCUGGAGUACACCGAGGCUCGGCGGACUCUGACCAACGCUCUGAGGAAAGCUCCUCAGCACACAGCUGUGGGCUUCAAGCAGACGGUCCACAAGCUGCUGAUCGUGGUGGAGCUGCUGUUGGGAGAGAUUCCUGACCGACUCCAGUUCAGACAGCCGUCCCUGAAGAGGUCUCUGAUGCCCUACUUCCUGCUGACUCAGGCGGUGAGAGCAGGUAACCUGGCCAAGUUCAACCAGGUGUUGGAGCAGUUUGGGGAGAAGUUUCAGACCGACGGGACGUACACACUCAUCAUCCGCCUGAGACACAACGUCAUCAAGACGGGCGUGCGUAUGAUCAGCCUGUCGUACUCUCGGAUCUCUCUGGCCGACAUCGCCCAGAAGCUUCAGCUCGACAGCCCAGAGGACGCAGAGUUCAUUGUUGCCAAGGCGAUCCGCGACGGAGUGAUCGAGGCGAGCAUCAACCACGAGAAAGGCUUCGUCCAAUCAAAAGAGACCAUGGACAUCUACGGAACCAGAGAGCCUCAGCUGGCCUUCCACCAGAGGAUCUCCUUCUGCCUGGACAUCCACAACAUGUCUGUGAAGGCGAUGAGAUUUCCUCCUAAAGCGUACAACAAGGACCUGGAGUCAGUAGAGGAGCGUCGGGAACGGGAGCAACAGGAUCUGGAGUUUGCCAAAGAAAUGGCUGAAGAUGACGAUGACAGCUUCCCAUAAUCCUCUCUGCUAACUUCCUGUGUGUGUGUGGAUGUGUCUGCCAGCCAUGAUUUAUUACCCACAAUUCCCCUCUCCUCUGGAAUUGUUUUCCUUCUGUAACCUCUGAACAAAUAAAUUCCACUUUGGAUUUGUUGACACAAA